AUGCCUCCUAGAAGAAAUGUGAACACGCACCGUAAUGAGGAUGACGACAUUCCCAUUGAGACCCUCAUUGCUAAUGUUGUUAAUACAACUAUCGCGGGUUUAAUCCCUAACUUAUUGCAACAGCUUCAGCCAAAUAACAACAAUGGACCUCCAGGGGGUAAUAACAAUAACGGCCCUCAUGGCGGUAAUGUUAACCCUCCUGUUGCCAUUCAUGAUUGGCUUAAUUGCUUCCAAAGGUUAAAGCCAAAAUCGUUUAGCACUGCUGCCACCCCGGUUGAGGUGGAAAAUUGGAUUGCUCAUAUCGAGAAAAAUUUUGAAAUGUUGGGUGUGAAUGACGAACUCAAGGUCAUGCUUGCUAGUUACAAAUUGGAGGAUGAUGCUCAUAGGUGGUGGAAGACUUUGAAGAAUGCUCGUGGAGGAGAUAAUUAUGCAGCCACACUUCCCUGGAAUGAAUUUCGCACAUUGUUCUAUCAGCAGUAUUUCACUGAUGCUGACCGCAAUGAAUAUCUAAGAGAGUAUUCCUCUAUUAUGCAGGGGGCGAUGAGCCUAUUAUGGAGUUUAAAACUCGUUUCUAUCGUUUGGAAGUUUAUUCAGAAUCUUCGUUUUGCUAAUAUUAAUGAAAAUCUUGAGGCGGUCAAAAACUUGGAUAAUGAUAAGAAGCAUCGCCAAAGGACGUUGGAUGAUAAUCGUAAGCGACCAAGGGAAGAUAACCAGAGUAAUUCUUCUUUUCAAGGUGGCAAUGAUCAAUCUCGAGACCGAAGGCACCGUUCUGACAGGGAUUACGACAAUCAGAUACAACAAGACAAACAAAACCUGCCACAAUAUCGUGACCCUCCUUGUGCCACUUGUGGGAAACCUCAUAGCGGGGUUUGUCGCCGAGCGGAACGUCUCUCUUUCAAUUAUGGAGAUGUAGGUCACCUGGUUAAAGAGUGCCAUAAGUUCAACCCUAGAGCUAAUACUAGGGGAAAUGCCAGACCUGCUGCAAAUGAUGUAGCUAACACCCCAGGUACGAUUUUCGGUUAA